CAGGAUGUUCUGCUGUUUCCAGACUUCUGAUGAUGGCUCAGGCCACCAAAAAACCAAGAGUCGUGGCCUUGGCCACCUUUGGAGACGUUGGGUGCGCCCAGUGACCCAACACCUCUGGCCAUUUUCCCACAGGGAAACCAAGAGUAAAAGGAAGCUGCAUAAGCCCAUCACGUUGAAUCCUAACAGCCCAGACUACCUGGAAAAAUUCAUAGCAUAUAUUCCAACUGCCGUCAAUAACCAGAACAUCACUGACAUGUAUAUAUUUUUGGCUAUCUACCCAAAGUUUGCCACCACCUGGGAGGUGCUGGACCUGAUCAUGGAAAUGUAUGGAUCUUUCCAGCCUGACUGUGUGGAGGAUCAAGAAAGAAAGACUGCCAUAUUCAGCUUUCUGUCCAUGUGGCUCCAAAAGCACCCUCAGGACUUCUGUGAUUAUCCAGAUGUGGCCACAGUAAAGAGGUUGGUGGACUACAUAAGGCUCAACGUGCCUUCCUCAGAUGUCACUAUUCAAACUGAGGAGCUCCUGUCAGUGCUGGAGGAGCCGGAAUCCAAAAAGGGUGAGACCUCCUCGGAUUGUGGACUCUUCCAGGAAACAACUCCAGAAGCCCCAGUGCUGGAUGUCUCAGCGAUGGGAGAGACUCUGCCUCUGAGAGCAGCUUCUGUGGCAGAGCCACAGAGAGAUCUGAAACCCCACGAGGACACUGAGCUCGUGGACCCAGCAGCUGGGGAACCAGCUGUGCUAGAAGCUGAACCAGUGCAGCUUCUGCCUUUGGAAUCGAGUCUGCCCAUAUCAGCUGAUAGAAAAAAACCUCUAGAUGUGGCUGCCUAUGUUCCAGCUGGAGAGCAGAUUGUUGAACUUGGUGUUGUGCAGUUAGGUGACGCAGAGCCCUUUUUCCCUCUGCCUGAAGUUGACAUAUAG